AUGACUAUGUUCUUACACGAUAAUGAUAUUUAUAAAUAAAGAACUAGAAAAGCUUUUUUUAUACAAUCAUCAAUAGAAAACAACACGAAACUAAUUUCCCUGUGGGCCAAGUCAAAAGUUAUCAUUUAUUUAGCUUAUCGUUACGAAAAAGAGAAAAUUUCCAGCAAUAAAAAUGUUUUUAACGCGUUUACUAAACAACAUCACAAAAAGAACAAUGGCCACUGCAAGCAAUACAGAAUUGGAAUCUUUUGUUAAGAAUAGCAAAAAGAUUGUAGGAGCUGCUUUAAAUUAUAUGGACAUUGUUAGGGAAAGAAAUGUUCCUGUACCAGAAUUGCCUUUGAUGUUUUUAAAACCCACCACUUCAUUGAUACAAGAAGGUCAAGAUAUUGUGAUACCCAAAGUUUUUUCUAAGGUAGCCUAUGAAGUUGAAUUGGGUGUUAUUAUAGGCAAACAUUGUAAAAAUGUUUCCAAAGCUGAGGCCUUAAAUUAUGUUGGCGGCUAUUGUUUGGCUUUAGAUAUGACAGCUCAGUGUGCAUUGGGUGAGGCUCGUGCUAAAGGACAUCCUUGGUCUUUGGGUAAAGGUUUUGAUACUUCUACACCAGUAUCUCGUUUUAUUAAACUUGAAGAUAUCAAAGAUCCUCACAAUGUCGACUUAUGGCUUAAACUUAAUGGGGAAUACAAACAAAAGGGCAAUACUUCGGAUUUAAUUUUCAAAGUUGAUGAUCUUAUUUCGUAUACCUCACAAUUUAUGACUCUGGAACCAAAUGAUAUUAUUUUGACUGGUACACCCAAUGGUUCUUUGCCCAUUAAGGGAGGUGAUGUCAUUGAAUGUGGCAUGGGUGAUAUGAUUAAAAUGACAUUCAAUUGUAAAGAUGAAUAAUGAUGGGUAACGGGAAUGUGCAUUAUGGAAAUAGUUUAAAAAAAUAAUAAAAUAUUUUGUAUAAAAUAAUGUUAAAAUUA